UCUUAGAUGUCAAGCUUCCUUGAAAAAAUAGUUGAUGAAAUUGAGGAUUAUAGAUGUGAUUGUAAAAUAUCAGAAUCAUGUAUUGUAUGUGAAACUAAAAGUAUAAACUUUCAAUUAAUUCUUUAGAAUGGAUGUAAAUGCUUAAAUAAUUUAAUGGAAUUUUAAAUUAACAAUGUACUUCUCCUAAUCAUUCUUAUAAUAGAAAUGCCUGUUUUUCCAGAAGAUAAUUAUAACAUACCCUUAUAUUUAUCAAAAGUUUAUGAAAUAAUACAUGCAGUAUUUAUAUUUAAAUCAGCCACCAUGAAAAAUAUUAACAAUCAUGAAGAUGAAUUUUUCAAAAUCAGAAGUGACAAUGAAUCUUUAAAGAUUAAGGCUAAAAGAUUAUAAGAAGAAAUAGAAUUAAAGUAGAACUCUAUUUAAUAUAUUUUUUAUAGAAUAAAACAAAUAGGAUAACUUGAAAAUCAAAUUACUUUAUUGAAUAAAUAGAAUAAAUUGGCAAAUGAUAAACUUAUCUAAGAAAAGGUAUCAAUUAAUUUAAUAGACAGGAAGAGUUGAAUUAAAAAGUUAUUAAGAUACAAAACAAAGUGUAAGUAAUGUAAAGUGAAUUCAAAAAAAAAGAAUUAGAAUUCUUGAAAAUGAAAGAUUAGGUUAUUUUUCAUAAUAUAUAAUAUAGUUAAGAAGCAAAGAUAGAAUCAAUUAUGCCAAUAGAUAUGAUACAAUGCCAUUAAAGACUUAAAUUUCAUAAUCAAAUGGUUUUGACACAUGGGUUUCUACAAGAAAAGGUUUAAUUCAUGAAGUAUGUUCUUUACAAGAUACACUAAGCACAUUAAUUUCUAUAUUGAAUCACUUUUUUUAAUCACUCAAUAAUGGUUCUGAUUUACUUAAUCCAGAAAUUGUUAGAAUACCCCAAUAAAAUGGGAGAUGUAUAAUUUGGAUUAAAUAAUAACUUUAAAAAUUAAAUGGACAAUUUAAUAUGGAUGAUUCUUUCAUAAAAGAAAUGGCUUAAUUAAGUUAUGUUUCAUUAGAAUAAUAAUAGUAAUCAUUAGGAUCAAAAUAAUAAUAAUUGGAUGUUUCUCACAAUAAAACUAAUAGUAUAAGUAAUAGUGGCAAAAAGGAUAAUUUUAAAAUCCAUAAUAGAAGUUAAACAUUACAUUUCUAAUAAUAAUAACCUUUACCUGAUGAAACUAUGAGUAUUUUGUCUAGAAUUUCUAUUAAUGAUGUUUCUUUAGUGGAGUCUACUAAUAGUGCCAAAUUUGCAGAGAAACCUCAAUAAGAUAAAUAAUAAUUAAAGAAAUGGGAGUUUGAAUUCAAACAAUAAUGA